UCACAGCCAACGAAAUCUCCCGUCCCCAAAUCGACCGAGCGAAUUCACCACAGCCUCACCGUCCCGAAUCCGCACCACCGAUGGCACCCAAGGCGGAGAAGAAGCCGGCGGCGAAGAAGCCCGCGGAGGAGGAGCCCGCGACCGAGAAGGCGGAGAAGGCCCCGGCGGGGAAGAAGCCCAAGGCCGAGAAGCGGCUCCCCGCGGGCAAGUCCGCCGGCAAGGAGGGCGGCGAGGGCAAGAAGGGGAAGAAGAAGGCGAAGAAGUCCGUGGAGACCUACAAGAUCUACAUCUUCAAGGUGCUCAAGCAGGUGCACCCGGACAUCGGCAUCUCGUCCAAGGCCAUGUCCAUCAUGAACUCCUUCAUCAACGACAUCUUCGAGAAGCUUGCGGCCGAGUCCGCCAAGCUGGCGCGCUACAACAAGAAGCCCACCAUCACCUCCCGCGAGAUCCAGACCUCGGUGCGCCUCGUCCUCCCCGGCGAGCUCGCCAAGCACGCCGUCUCCGAGGGCACCAAGGCUGUCACCAAGUUCACCUCUUCUUAGGUUCGUAGUAGUGAUGGCUGGGUGGUGCUGGUAGACAUGGCUCGGUUUAUCUGGUAGGGCAAGCGAUGGAUGUUGGUGAUGAUGAUCUGCGUGUAAUUGUGUUGUUAAGAAUUGUGAAACACUGUUCCACAUCACUCGGUCCUUGUUCUACAUGUUAUUAUCUCUAUCAGGAUGGAUGCUCUUACUGCAGAACUGUGCCCAGCAGUGAGCCGCUUUAUAUGGGCAAACCUAUACCAAAUAUCUGAAACAAGUUUGACACAUGAAA